UCGUUAAAUUGAACGGAAAGUGUAGCAAAUUUCUUGUAAAAAUAUUUGCGUUUCCCUGUCGGCGGAAAAAGCAGCAGGGGUGGGCCAAUAAUGCCUUGAUAUUCACCUGACUCCGGUAAAGUGAUUCGCGUCAUCUUUUGGCUACCUGCUGUCACUAAGACGGGAUUUAAUUUUAAACCAGAAGUCGCACUAAAUUGAAUCAUUUCGAGGGGGAAAAAUUUGUGUCGGAAGCCCGUCAGCCGUAGACAGCGAUGAAGAGCAACGGAAAUAGCAUGCAUUACUUCACCGAGUCGUCCGACGACGACGACGAGGAAACGAUGAUGAUCAAAAAAGUUCAACAGGAUAAUAAACUAUGGGACUCCUUCCAGGAUCCGCCGGUACCGCAAAGCUCCGGCUCGGCCGCAAACCAGGACUAUCUGUUGAUGUGCAUCAAAUGCCUGAAGGUGUUUACCUAUGUGUUUGUGUUUCUGGUCACACUGGCCGCCGCCUGUUUCUCCAAGUUGUCCUUCCUGCUGAUGACAUCCAAUAUUAAAGAGGACACCAAGAAUCGAUACUGCGAUGUGAGGCAACCGGACAAACAGUUCGAAGCAUUCAUACCGACGGAGCAACGGAUUGCCUGGAUAUGGGCCAUCAUAUUUUCCUUUGCCAUUCCCGAGCUGGGCACAUUAGUACGGGCAUCGCGAAUUUGCUUCUUCAAAAACAUUGGCCGCCCAACCUGGGGCCAGCUGGCGGCCGUCGCACUGAUGGAGUCCUUCCACGUGAUCGGAUUGGCCAUGUUGGCCUUUCUUAUUUUUCCCAAUCUCGAUACGCUGAAGGCGGUCAUGCUAACCAACUGCGUCUGUUUGGUGCCAGCCCUGCUGGGUCUGCUUUCGCGGUCGCCCUCGGAGGCGAAACUGCCCUUCAAGUACACGAUCGACGUGAUGGCCAUCUGCGCCCAGGUAACGGGCUUUGUCGUGUGGCCCAUGCUAAGCAACACCCUGGAGCUGUGGUUCAUUCCGAUUGCGGUUUUUCUCGUGUCCUGUCACUGGUGGGAGAAUUACCUGUCGCUGAAGAGCUAUUUUCGACCAUUCGCAUCGUUGGCAGCCGUCCGGGAGAAACUGACGGACUCGCGCUACUACAUGUAUCUGUACAUAUCGCCGCUGAAAAUCGUGCUCUUCCUGGCAGCCGGAGUCUAUCUGUCCGGCCAGUCGGUUUCGAACUUUUUCGGCAUGUUCACCGACGGUUGGGGCAACCAUACCAUCAUCGUACAGGAGAUGGAGGCUAUCCUCAACGAGAAGUUCCCGGACCUCAGCUCGAUUACCUCCGAUCUGGAAGUGUUGGAAAUCUUUCCACGGAAGAAUGCGGUGCUCUGGAUCACCGUGAUCCAUGUAGUUUGUUCCUAUAUUUGCUACAUUUUUAGUAAAUUUUCCUGCAAAAUUCACAUCCAAAGCUUCUCGAUGGCGUUUCCGAUUAAUCUCACCGUUCCGGUGACGCUUACUCUACUACUGGUGUUUUGUGGUCUCCGCGAAGCGGAUGUGUGCGUGUUUACCAGCGUCCUUCCAGAUUACCUGUUCUUUCGGGUGCCUCCGAUCUACUAUCUGUUCGAUUACGUGUUCAACGAGUUUUCCUGGCUGUGGCUGCUGUGGUUGCUAUCGCAAACAUGGAUCACACGGCAUCUUUGGAUGCCGAAAAGUGAUCGCAACGCAUCGACGGAGAAGCUCUUCGUUACACCGAUGUACAACAGUCUGCUGGUGGAUCAAAGCAUCGCCAUGAAUCGACGUCGCGAGGAUCAGGAAGAUUUCGUGAAAAAAAUUGACAUGAUCAAAGUGAAGGAUACGGAAAAGGCCAACGAGAUCGACGCGAAAGCAUACGAUCGCAAACGGGACGAAAUCAAACCGUACGAUCGGAUUCCGCAGAUCUUUGUUUGUGCCACCAUGUGGCACGAAACUAAGGAGGAAUUGAUGGAGUUCUUGAAAUCCAUCAUCCGAUUGGAUGAAGAUCAGUGCGCCCGUAGGAUGGCCAUGAAACACAUUCAAGCAUCGAAAGACUUCAUUGAUCCAGAUUAUUACGAUCUUGAAACACACAUCUUCUUCGACGACGCCUUCAUAAACGACAAAUCCAAAUGCGAGAGUGCCAACGACUCUCCCCUGAACUCGUACGUUAAAAUCCUGAUCAACAACAUCGAAGAGGCGGCGCUAGAGGUGUACAAAACCAAGAUGCGCAUCUACCCCCCGACUAAAAUCGUAACUCCCUACGGUGGACGCCUGAUCUGGACCCUACCGGGUCGCACGAAGGUCAUCACCCACUUAAAGGACAAAAACAAGAUACGCCACAAGAAACGCUGGUCCCAGGUGAUGUACAUGUACUACCUCCUGGGCUAUCGGAUCAUGCAGUUGAACACUUCAGCGGAGCGUAAAAUGGUGAUCGCUCAGAAUACUUAUCUUCUAGCUUUGGACGGGGACAUCGACUUCCAGCCGAAGGCUGUUUCCCUACUGGUUGAUCGAAUGAAAGUCGAUCCAGAUUUGGGCGCCGCCUGCGGUCGCAUUCAUCCCGUCGGGACCGGACCUAUGGUUUGGUAUCAGAUCUUCGAAUAUGCGAUCGGUCAUUGGUUGCAGAAGGCAACCGAACACGUCAUUGGCUGCGUUCUGUGUUCGCCCGGUUGUUUCUCGUUGUUCCGAGGACGCGCCCUAAUGGAAAACUCUGUAAUGAAAAAAUACACCACAAAAUCAGAUCAAGCGCGUCACUACGUACAGUACGAUCAGGGUGAAGAUCGUUGGCUGUGUACUCUACUGUUGAAGCAGAAAUUCCGCGUUGAAUACUCGGCUGCUUCCGAUGCUUACACGCACGCACCGGAAGGAUUUAACGAAUUCUACAAUCAACGAAGACGUUGGGUUCCAUCCACCAUUGCCAAUAUCUUUGAUCUUCUGGGAGAUGCCAAACGGGUUGUGAAGACGAACAACAGUAUCUCAACUCCAUACAUCGUCUACCAGUGUAUGUUGAUGUUCGGAACGAUACUCGGUCCCGGAACUAUAUUCCUUAUGAUGGUUGGAGCUCUGGUGGCCGUAUUUCGUAUUGACAUCUGGACUUCUUUCCUCUGGAACGGAAUCCCGCUUGCAACUUUCAUGGCGAUCUGCUACUGGAUGAAGCAAAAGUAUCAACUAAUUGCUGCUUUCUUCAUUUCCGCCGUCUAUUCCCUGGUCAUGAUGGCCGUACUAGUCGGUAUUGUCAUCCAGGUGAUGGAGGACGGAAUUCUUGCACCCUCCUCAGUGUUUUUCAUUUCCGUGGCCCUGCAGAUCGUAGUCACGGGUCUUCUCCAUCCCCAGGAACUGGAGGCUCUUCCAGCCGGUUUCGUGUACUACAUCACCAUCCCAUCAAUGUACAUGUUGCUGGUGAUCUACUCGAUAUUCAACAUGAACGACGUUUCGUGGGGAACACGGGAGAAUGCCGUAGAUGCAGCCGCCAAACCGGAACCGACACCUGCAGCUUCCCGACAAGGAAAAAUGAGUAAACUGUUGGGUUAUCUGCGUUCCGGUGACCAAGAAGAAGAUGGAUCCAUCAAUUUCUCAGUCAGUGGCCUAUUCAGCUGUCUAUUUUGCACCCAUCCGAAAUCCAGUGCCGAAAAGGAGCAACUCGUUCAGGUGGCAACAUCGCUCACGGAAAUCAACUCCAAGAUGAAGGAACUGGAAAUGAAAUUAACCGGCUCCGUCACCGUAAUGAGAUCCAACGGUGUUGAAGGCGACGAAGACGACGACGAUGAUGACGAUGGCGUCGGUGGCAACGAAGUCGACGGAAUGGGCUGUCUCGAUGCGAUGCGAGCGGAGGGCAGUUCACCGAACGGGGUCUCCUCGCCGAUGCAGACGGUGAAAAGCUCCGAACUGGAGGAGCCAGAAAAACAGAUCAACUACCUGCCGGAUUGGUUGUACGAUGUGGAUCUUAGGAACGGUGAUACGGAAACUAUUUCGGCCUCCGAGGAACAGUUUUGGAUUGAGCUGAUCGAGAAGUACCUUAAGCCACUGGAUUUGACCGAGCGGCAGAAAACGGAAAUGAAAGCUCAACUGAAGAACCUUCGCGAUCUGGCCGUGUUUGCUUUCGUGAUGGCUAAUGCCCUGUUUGUGCUGGUUGUGUUCCUGCUGCAGCUCAACAAGCAGGAUCUUCACAUUCAGUGGUGGUUCAAUGCAAAGAAUACGAUCAGCUUCGAUGAAAGUACGGUGGAGAUCAUCGUCCGCAGGGAAUUCCUGGAGCUGGAGCCGAUCGGUUUGGUGUUUGUGUUUUUCUUCGGCAUGAUCUUGGUUAUUCAGUUCUUGGCUAUGAUGAUGCAUCGGUUUGGAACGAUUUCGCAGAUCCUUGCCUCGACGCAGCUCAAUUGGUAUUGUUCGAAGAAAGCGAAGGAUAUGUCGUUGGAUGCUGAGCUGCGCGAGAAUGCUGUGGAGAUCGCUCGUAGAUUGCAACGACCCAAACCCCAGUGGGAUGAGGAGGAUUUGGAGGAUGAACAAAAGGCUAUUGGAAGGCGGGAUACGAUUCACAGGAUCCUGUAUCAGCACAAGAACAAACAGGAUUGGAGCAAUUUGGAGGCAAACUUCAAACGGAAUUACUACAAGGAUGGUGAUCUGAAUCUGGGUGGUCGACUUACCCUCAGCAGGAAGACGUUGAAUGUGCUGGAUACCAGGAGAAAAUCUAUGGCGGAACAGAGAAAGAUUCGCAAGUCGAUCCUUCGUGAACAAAAUCCUUACGAUACGGCAGGUGAUUUGUGGUACCAAGGAAGUCCGGAGAGCUCGGGUGGUAAUCAAAGAAAGACCUCUUCCCCACCGGGUUACAGCAGUGAACCGCAUCGCGGUAGAAGCUCAACCGGCAGCAGCAGAUUUAACCGAUCGCCUCAUUUUGAAUCGAAAGAUGGCGGAAGGAUCAACCAUGCUUACCAGAUCGACGAAGAGUUGGAGGACUACUCGGAUGAGGAAGAGUUCGAACGACCAACGCUUCAAAUUGAAAUGACGGAGAGGCCCAAGGAAAGGGAGAAACGAAAAAGCCGGGUCGCUUUUGCGUAAUAUAUUCAACGUUAAUUUUAGAACUACAUUUAUCUGUCAACUCUGUAAUACACUUUUACCGAU